UGCAUGAUGGUUGUUGAUAGGCGGAUUCGCUUUGUUUUCCUUUUAAUUCAUGCGUUAUUUUUCAUUAUUACAGUUUGAUUUAACAUUUGCGCUUUCCGAAUGAGGAUGUAUCUCCCCGAAGGAUAACAAAGCGAUGGCAAAACAUUAUUAGACUCGUAUUAUCAUGAACUAUUAUUGUUUUUGCUACUUGGUGAUCUUUACAGAUUUAGUCUAAGUGAGAUCCAACAUGGCAAGACAAGGUGUAUCAAGACCCAAGGUAGUGGUCUCAUCAGGCAGGCUUACAGGCUCUGGAAGGGGACAAAUUCACAAGAAAAAGGUCACUGGGAGAUCUGUGCCACCACUUGAACCAGCAUAUUCCCUUUAUUCAACAGACUCCGAAGACCAGGUGAUGACAAUAGACAAGGGACUGGACCGGUGUGCUGCUUUACUCAAUGGGAUACUUCAAGCUGAACAAGCAGAAUCAAAGCCCAAACCACAGGGAAAAAAGACCAUCUUUAAAUCCAAACCCAAGAAUUUAUCAAGAAAGAUUGAGACAGACAAGAAAAAACAUGGGAAGAAGGCAAACACGGCUAUGCAUGUGAACAAAAUGAAAAUGAAGCCAGGUCUGGUGCAAAAGACUAUUUUAUCUACUAGUUCUCACACCGGUUUAGCAGUGCAACCUUGGUGCCAAAGUGAUCGGAAUCCUGGGAUCAGAUGGGCACAGGGGUCACAUGAUCAGCCUGCAGGACUGACUCCUGUAACACAAGCUCCACAACACUCCGUUCCACUGGCCUGCUCUCAACCUGCUGCACGCUGUAAUCUGCCAUCUUCAGGUCCGGUUCAAACAUCUACUGUGUUUAACUGUCGGCUGACCACUUCAACUCCUGCAUUGAGCCCUCAAAGACCUGGAUCAUCACACAGUGAACCUUGUACUGCAGAGUGUUUGCAGAUCAAUGGUUUAUCAUCAGGAGAGUCUCAUUGCAUAACUCAGUCGUGGCCCAUGAAUACUGCCACCCCUUUUUGCCCUCAGGGGUCUGUCGCCAAAACAGUCACACAGACUCCAGUUACUGCAUUUCCUGUCCAAAAUGGACCAGGCACUCAAUUAGAACAAGGGGUGCCUUUGAUCACCAGUCCAAUCUGUGGUGUUCCUCAGUGGGGAUCUUUAGGGCCGAACAUUUCUUUGACAUCAUCAAGUGGGUUCAUGAGCUGCCCUUCAACAGCAGGGUUAGCAACACAAGUCCCCAUCCAGGCCCACAUUACCAAUCCUCAACCUGAUCCAAAUGGACAUGUACCAAUACAUUACAAUGCCCACAAGCAGGAGAUCAGUUUGGAAGAGGGUGGAGGCAGUACCAGCACAGAAGAAAAAGAUGAAGAACAUAAUGGGGUGGACACUACACCUGUCAGAGACAUCAGUUGUCAGACCAGCAAGGAGAAAUUAAUAGAUGUCAGUCUCGAAGACAAACCCACUACCCCAGAGAAAACCGCCCUGAAAGUGAGGACUGUCAAAUUUAUGCUGGGAGAGCUGAAGACUCUGGUUGCUAAUCAGGACAAUGAUGCUGUACGUCUGAUCUCAGAGGUGGAGCAGAACAUCUCACUACUACCUGUCAUGGUGGGCAGCACCAACAUCCAGGCGGAGAUCGCACUCGCCCUGCAGCCUCUUAGGAGUGAGAAUGUACAGCUGCGUAGACGACUGCGAAUACUCAAUCAGCAGUUAUUGGAAAGGGAGAGAGCAGAACGGCGGGCCAGACCUGUGGACUACAACAUGGAGGUGGUUGCAUUGCAGUCACUGAACCUCACUCUCCAGACCCAGUUAAACGAGAGCCGUGGAGAGCUUGAGACUCUGCAGCAGGAGAACAUGAGACUACAGAAAUCUGUGGAGGACAUAGAAAGUUACCUGCAGCAGCACAAAGAGCUGUGCAAGUUAGAAAACCAUCGCCUAAGGCUGGAGGUGAAUGAUGCAUUAACUGAAAUGCAGAGCUCCAAAAAUAAAUGCCAAGAGUGGGAGAUUGAGAAGUCUUCAUUGAUGCUGAGUCUCCAGCAGAGGGAGUCAGAGAUCAGCAGACUGCAGGAUGUCAUCAGAAAUCUACAGAGAAACCAGAGAAAAGACACAACUGAACAUUCUCCACAAUUAGAUUUGUGCCAACCAAACUCUCACUCUCAGCUUACAAAGAGUGUUCUGGAAUUGCAUGAAAAUGCACAGAGAGAGACUGUUGUAUUAGACCAACUUUCAGACUCUGUAAAGACCUAUCUACAAACUCUAGUGGGGACUGGACAGGCCACUCCUCCCCAAAGAAUUUGUGUGAGGUCCCAUACAUUACAACCAGCUUCCCUCGUCCAGUCUGAUGUUGGUAAAGAAAGCAUUAUAUUAUCAAAUACUAAAGUCUGUUCACCAAACGUCAGGGGUAUACAUGAGCCAACCCUGCAAGCCAUAGGUGAGAGUGUGCAUCAAUUACAGCAGAAGAGAACAACUUUUGCCCCUUUAAGAGAGGUACCAAUGGUGCUUGCCACUGGGGUUGCUCAAAGUAAAUCUCACACUCAGUGUGAUGAGCUGAGAACAGCCAUGGAUCAAAGGGAAGAUUUGGAUGAGCCUGUAGGGCUGAAAUAUCUGGGACGUGCUUUUACUGAAAAGCUGGGCAUCUCUGAUGUGCUCCAGACUCCGAGCCGAGAUGUCCUUUCAGAUCGUGAUGGUGCGGCCUUGCAAUUAAAUCAGGAAAACAAGAGCCUGGAUGAUCACACAAUGCAAUCCCAGCAUGCCCGUCGGAGCCUAAGGAUGGGUGUUGAGUCGGCAUACACUGGGCGGCCCUCAGUGAUGGAGAAGACCUUCUCCUCUUGUGAUAUUAAUUCUUUGGCCUCUGAUUGGAGCUUAAACUCCUGGUCGACGUUUAACACGCGAGAUGAGCAGAAUUUCAGAGACGGGCUAGCAGCACUAGAUGCCAGCAUAGCAAGUCUGCAGAGGACUCUAAAGGCUGAUUUAAACAAAUGAAA